CUCGAGAGGGGGCGCCGCGCCGCGCGGGCCUCUCUCUCUCUCUUGCCCUCGGCCGAUGGGCCUUGCGCCGCUGGUGCGGGCCGCCCCGCCGGCCGCCUGGCCGCCGCCGGACCCCGCCGCCGGUCGCGGCGGGCGGCGGAGACAGGUGUGACUGCUCCCUUCGCUGCGAGUCGUGCGAUGGAGGACGUCGACCUGCUGCUGCGGGCGCUGCGCCUCGAGCAGUACGCCCCGCGGUUCGAGGCGGAGGGGUGGGACGACACCGACUUCCUCCAGUCUCUGGACGGCCAGGCGCUGACGGACUUGGCGCGCAGCGUCGGGAUGAAGCCCGGCCACGCGGACAGGUUUGUCCGCAAUGCGAGCAAGGUAAACUUCCGCACGCAGGCCGCCCCCGCCCACCACCGCGGCCCCGAGGCGGUUACCAGGGCGCUGAUUGCCCUGAGGCUAGACAUGUACGCGGCGCAGUUCCAGGACCAGGGCAGCCAAGGGGACGGCGGUGCCGAUCCCGAGAUUGGGCAGCAGUGCAUC